AUGGAGAAAGAGGAUUCUGUUUGGAGGGAAAGACCUUUUAGGUUUUUGGCAACUUGGAAAAAUGAUCCUAGAUUUAGCCAGUUCCUAAAAUCUAAUUGGAAUUCUUCAACUAGCCUACUGGAAAGUGUGGAGAAAUUCAUCCCUUUGCUAAAGGAGUGGAACAAGAAUACCUUUGGUUUUACUUUUCACAGGAAAAAUAGAGUAAUAGCUCGUAUGGAAGGCAUCCAAAGACAACUAAGUUUCAAAAACAGUGUCCAAUUUGAAGAGCUAGAAACUAAGUUGAGGAAGGAGCUAUCUAAAAUCCUAGACCAAGAGGAGCAAAUUUGGUAUCAGAGAUCUAGAGGGGAGUGGAUUAGAGAUGGUGACAGAAACACUCGUUUCUAUCACACUAGCACUCUGAUUCACAGAAAAAGAAAUAAAAUUCUUAAACUCCAGAAUGAAAAGGGUGGAUGGGUGUCUGGAGAAGAGGAAUUAGUUUCACUUGCUAGAGGUUAUUUUUUGAACCUGUUUAAGGAAGAUGUUGCAGUUCCUGUAUGGAGUCAAACUCAAAAUAGUUGGCCAACAAUAAAGGAGGGCCACCUUGAUAUAUUGUCUCUGAAUAUAUCCUUUGAGAAAGUCAAGAAUGCAUUUUUUCAAAUGCCUCCCCUAAAAGCCCCUGGACCAGAUGGCCUUCCAGCACUAUUCUAUCAAAGGAACUGGGAUCUAAUUAAAGCUCAAAUCUUUUCUAGUAUGCAGCAUUAUCUUCAGCAUCCAGAUCAGAUUCGAGAAAUCAACAAGACUUUGAUUGCUCUAAUCCCUAAAACUGACAGACCUUGCUUGAUGAGGCAGUUUAGCCCAAUAGCACUCUGCAACUCUUUGUAUAAGGGGCUCAGGAAGAUUCUAGCCAAUAAAAUUAAACCUCUCUUGGGGACUAUUAUAUCUUCAAACCAGACCAGCUUUGUUCCAAAGAGACAUAUACAGGACAACAUAAUAAUUGCACAGGAGCUUAUUCACUCAAUGCAUAGGAUGAAGGGCAGGAAAAAAUUUUUCUCAAUCAAAAUAGAUUUAGAAAAAGCUUAUGACAAGCUCAACUGGAAAUUCAUAAGAUCAGUCCUGGAAGAGCUAUAUCUGCCAGCAGCUAUAAUUGAUGCUAUAAUGGGAUGUGUAACAAGCCCUUUUCUUGAGGUGCUGUGGAAUGGGACCCGUACUCCUGGAUUUCAGUCUCAAAGGGGAAUAAGACAAGGGGAUCCCCUAUCCCCUUAUCUUUUUGUGCUUUGUGUGGAGAAGCUAACUCACCUAAUCAUGGAUGAAGUGGAGAUGAAGAAUUGGCUCCCUAUUAAAGCUAAUGCAAAACCAUAUCCUUCCUGCCCAUGUCUGCCAGGAUAUGAGAAGUUACAACGGAAUUUCAUUUGGGGAGACUCUGAGUCCAAAAGGAGAGCUCAUUAUGUUGCAUGGGAUCACUUGUGCUACCCUAAGGAUUGUGGAGGUCUUGGUAUCAUCAAUUUGAGGAUCCAAAAUGAAGCAUUUAUGCAGAAAAUUGCUUGGCAAAUUGCCAAUGAUCAAAAAAGCCUUUGGGUCCAGGUCUUGCUUGUUAAAUAUGGCAGAAAGAAGAACCCCAAACGAAGCAUGAUUGCAAAAAGGAGUGACUCAACUCUUUGGAAGAACAUCUGCACAGCUAGAGAGAAGAUGGCUCAGCAUACAGAAUGGGUGAUAGGCAAUGGUAAAGACACCUUAUUCUGGCAGGAUGAAUUGGGAGGUUGGCAGCAAAGUCUUUUUGAGCUGGCUUUAAUUAAACCUCCUAUCACUGAUCUGGAUCUAAAAGUAUUUGAAGUUAUAGAUCAGAAUACAGGAGAGUGGAGCUGGUGUUAUUUGAGGAAGUUUCUUGAUGAAAAUGCUUUAAAGAAAAUGAACAACAUACCCCCUCCUAAUCUGAGUGAACGAGAUGACUGGUUGAAUUGGAAAAAAAGAAUUUUAGGAAACUCUUUUGUGAAGAAUGCCUAUUGUCAUUUAAUGGAGACAGAUGCCAGAAAAGAUAGAAUCUGGAGUGCUGUUUGGAAAUGGAGAGGACCGUACAAGAUAGCAGUUUUUUUAUGGCUGGCUUGUCUCAACAAACUCCCUGUUAGAAACAUUACAUGCCACUGGAGUGGAGGGGAAUCUCAAUGCCCCAUUUGUUACAAAGGUCCAGAGACUAUUCUUCACACUCUGAGAGAUUAUAAGGCUGCAAGAAGUUGGAGAAAUGUCUCUAUUCAUGAGGUUUUAUUUUCUUGGCCUCCAGAUCCAAUUUGCAGAAUUCUAAAUUACUUGGCUGAUAUGAAGAAGAACAGCUCCAAUGAUCCUUUUUUGCUAAGGCCAGCUGCAAAUUUAAACUCGACAGAAAGUGGACAAUACAUAGCACAUGAUGUACUCAGAAUCUGGGUUGACGGUGCUGUUAACUUACAUUCCAAUAUUGGAGUGUGUGGGGUUUUAUGGUCUCACCAUAUGGAGAAUGGUUGGGAGGUUUUACUUUGA